GAAAUGAAGUACUUUAGCCGCAUGACGAAGAUGACAAAGUCAUCAGAGAAGCAGAAUGCUGUCAUGAUGGGCCGCAAGACAUGGGAAUCCAUCCCAGACAAGUUUAGGCCCUUACCUGGUCGCCUGAAUCUGGUGAUUUCAUCAAGAGCAAAGAACCCUGGUCCAGAAUUCAAUGGAUCAACAGUGUGUUCUAGUUUUAAGGAAGCCAUUGACAAGGUUCACAGUCGUGCAGAAGUGGAGAGUGUGUGGGCCAUUGGGGGAUCUUCUAUAUAUGAGAUGGCAUUAGAAUCAGAUCAUCUCCACCGUAUAUAUCUUACGAGGAUAUUAAAGGAUUUUGAGUGUGACACCUUCCUGCCAUCAUUUGACCCCAAGAAGUUCCAGAUUGUGACAGAUCCCUUAGUUCCUAAUGAAAUACAACAAGAAGGAGAUAUCACCUACAAGUAUGAAAUUUAUGAGAAAUUGAAAUAAAAUUUUCCUUUACCUGCUUGUUCUGUCCAUAAUGCCUUGGAUGUUUUUAAAUAUGUCAUGGUAAUGUCAGUUACAUAAUUAAAAUACAAGAGAAUUAAUUA